AUGCCAUGCAUCCCGCAAGUGAGCCUACGUGUGGCCAAAACCUUCUGCCCGUGCAGCCUCUUGGCAAGGCAGCAGCUGCACCUCUCCCAGUCGAUGCCGCACCGCCUGGAACUAAACGCGGGCACGCCGUUGCUCGCGGAAGCCUUCGUCCGCCAGUGGGGUCACCCCUGCGCACCCUCUCCGAGAGCCGGCCAUUCACUACGAAAAGGCCGACGGUGCACCGUCAACUGCCCUGAUGGACUCUCAGCCCGCCAACACGGCAAAAAUGCCAGGGAAUGCCACAGAGAGGCAAAAUCCUUUUUUUUGCUCUGUCCACGGCCCAAGGGCCCCCAGCAAUGGCAACCCAAUUGCGGGGAAUGUGCAAAGCAACAGUGUGGUAAAAAAGCCGUUGGAUCAUUCAUCCGUUGA